GGGUGCGUGUGCGCUUUUUGCUCAUGGUUAAGCGACCCGGCACCGGGAUUUAUCCUUAUUGUACUUUAUUCCGUUCGUAACUCUCUCUUUCACCUAACGCCUUUGCGAUAGUUUUUUUCUUAAGCAUUUGGUGCAAGAAAUUUAUAGUUUUAUUAAAAUACUAUGCCAAAAUGAGAAUAAAAAGGAUUUUAAGAGUUUAUUUCAUUACUGAAAGUUUAAUAUUGUUUUGUGAAUGAGUGCUGUAUAUAAACAUUAAAGCAAGACCAUAACUUAAAACUAUUUAAUAAUUUUAUCACUAAAUUGGCAUUAUGAUUAUCAAUGAUUUAGUUGUUCAUAUUAUUUGUAUUAAUUAUAUUUAUUAUGUUACCGGCGCUGGCACGGAAGAGAAGACAAUUACCCAGAGCAGCGAAGCUUGUUAUCACAGAGUUGCUGCAUGUGAAGCGAACACCGGCAAUAAUCGGCCUGUCUGUGGAACGGACGGUCGAAAUUACCCAUCUAAAUGUCACCUUAUGAAAGCUCAAUGUACUGGAGAUACGGUAACAAUAGCACAUAGAGGACCUUGUUCAGAAGGACAAUCUUCCUGUUUAACGGUGUUGCGGUACGCGUUAAACGCCCAAGGAGGACGUCGGGCGGCGUUCGUGCCGCGGUGCCGCGCCGACGGCACGUACGCGGCGGUGCAGUGCGCUGCCGCCGGCGCCGCUGCUGGCUGCUGGUGCGUCACUCCUGAUGGCAAACCCUUACCCGACACCUCCGUCAGAAAUGGCAGACCAGACUGCACCAGGACUGGAAAAUCUCAAACAAAGCGAAGGUCAUCAGUUCGGGGGCAACGUAAUAAAAGAAGUUGCACCAGAAUUGAUCGUGCUCAGUUCAACGGGAAUCUAAUAAAAAUAUUCAGUGGAGAAUAUGAUCGGGCGCGGUCUGAUCAAGGGGCCGCCGCGGAUCCCCGAACUGUUGCGGACUGGAAAUUCAAGGAACUCGACAGGGAUAGAGGUGGCACACUACAGAAGUCUGAAUAUCGGGGAUUACGACGACUCAUUAAAAAGGUGGUUAAGCCGAAGAGAUGCGCUCGUGCAUGGACUCGCGGCUGUGACGCGGAUGGUGACAGCGAGAUAGCGCGCGCGGAGUGGACCGCUUGCCUGCUGGCCAACCCCGAGCCACCCGCACCGGACUUCUCUCUCCGUUUCUUCAUGUCGUUGAAUGCAGACGACGAUAGCGGACCAGAGCCGGAGCCAGACUAUAAUGAAGAGGAGCCGCCGCCGGACCCGAGCUCUGUGUUACCCGGCAUUAUGAGGAACUCGUUUGCACCGGACGGCUCCGCUGCCCGAGAGGACGAAGCGAACGACUGUCUCACAGACCGCCAGGCCGUGUUAGAUGAGCAGAAAGCGGGUAGUGCGGUGCUCUAUGUACCAGAGUGCAUGGGCGACGGACGGUAUGCCAGGGCGCAAUGUUACCGCUCUACCGGGUACUGCUGGUGCGUACAUCAGGAUACCGGAAAGCCUAUACCGGGCUCCUCGGUUAAGGACAAGAAACCCGACUGCGAUGCGGCUCCUCAACACGCCAGUCCUAUGAGAGGUUGUCCUGAACCUAUGAAAACCAAUUUCCUGCGUGACUUGUUGGGUUUCUUCACAUCGAAAAUGACGACUUCGAUCAACGGCACUGGACCGGGAGAUAUGGUGAAAUGGGGAGCUUCGAAAGAGGAACAGGCGGCAACUUGGACGUACGUCAUGUUAGAUAAGGAUAAAAAUAAGGCCCUGGAGAGACGAGAGUGGAAGGCGUUCCAUCAGCUCAUAUCGAACGUGGAGCCUCUGAGGAGAUGCGGCCGGAAACUACCACGAUACUGCGAUGUAAACCACGACUCAAAAAUCAGUAUUACCGAAUGGAUGGCUUGUUUGGAAGUUAAUCAAGUAUCGCACGGACAUACGACCGAAGCCACGAAAGUACCUUCUAAUCCGAGGAGAAAAGGACCAAAUCCUUUAGAAUCGAUUCUCAAAGCGGACGACUAGAUAGAAGAAAUCUUAUAAAAGAAAUUCUCUUCGUUUCUUUCAGAUUACGUUUUUCAGUUCACAAAACUGUUCAAUAUAGGGUGUGUCCGUGUUUAUCUUGACAAACCCAGUGAAGUGCAUAUAAAGUUUGUGCAGAAAAUUAAGGAACCUGGUCAGUGACUGAACUUUAAACAGAAUAUUAAAUUAAUUUAUUAUACAAUUUUAUGUUAGUCUCGUUUAGUCUUGCAACUCGUAUUGUUCCAAGAAGUGAUUAUAUUAACGUUGACUUGAAUGCUUUCACUGCAGUGAAGUGCUUUUAAGUCGCUUUAAUUUUAAAUUGUGUAAUUAGCGUUAUUAUUCAAUACUUGGUAUUAAAUGUAACUAAUUUAUCGCACCCAAUUUGGUUACACUUUGUUUUAUUAUUAACGUGUCUAUUUUACAUUUCGAUAUUGUGUGUUAUGAUCUUUCGAUAAAUUUUCAAUUCUAAAUUUGGAAGAUUCAACAACGAAUAUAAUAUGGUCUUAUAUGUAUUUAAAUGUACGACUAACUUUAAUAUUAAAUUCCUCGUAAUGAGGAGCUGUAUUAAGUUUAAUAUUUAUAAAACAUUUAGUCAGUAUAAAUUGUAAGAGCUAUGUGAUAUUUUUUCAAUUCUAUUACUAUUGCUAAAUAAAUAUUUAGUAUUU